AUGAUAGGAUUUGGCAUUCUUCAAAGAAAAUACAAAAACAAUAGACGUCACAAAACAGUUUCCGGUAAAACAGAAACAGAAAAACAAUCCAAGCAUGCGCCAAGAUCUCAGUUUGUGUCCGAUUCCAUAGAGGGACAUUAUAGAUUCGCUGCAGUGGCAUCUGAUGCUGGACCUCCAUGUGCAAGGAUCGGAACCCAUAUCAUGAGAAGACGGCAUGGGUCAGCUGUAGAUGCAGCCAUUGCCACUCUACUAUGCCAGUGUAUUUCUAACUUUCAAAGCUGUGGCAUAGGAGGUGGCUUCUUCAUGACAGUUUAUAAUAAGGAGAGAAGAUCUGCAUACACGAUCAUAGCUCGUGAAACGGCUCCUGGUGAAGCUAAUGAGACCAUGUUUGUUGACAGAUCAUCUACAGAAGGUGGAUUGGCUGUUGGUAUUCCUGGUGAGAUACGUGGUCUUUGGUUAGCUCAUCAGAUUGGAGGCAAACUUCCAUGGAAAGACUUAUUUCAGCCGUCAAUCAAAUUAUGUCGGGAGGGUGUUGUGGUAGGAAACCCCACCGCCUUUGCUAUAUCUCGUCAAACUGAAAAUAUUAAAAAAUUCCAGGGGUUAAAAGAUUUAGUAGUAAACCCAGAAACAGGGCUUUUGUAUGAGGCUGGGGAUAAAAUAAAAAGGCCAAAAUUAGCCAGAACUUUAAAAAUCAUUGCUAAUGAAGGUGUGGAUGCAUUCUAUAAUGGCAGAUUGAGUAAAGAUAUAGUGGCGGACAUACAGGAUGCGGGAGGUAUCAUAACUGAGGACGACCUUGCUGGUUACACGGCACUACGAAAGAAUCCUGUGGUAGUUAAACUAAACACAGACAAAACUGUGUAUUCCCCUCCACCGCCGUCCAGCGGAGCAAUUGUACAGUUCAUAUUGAAAAUACUGGACGGAUAUAACAUGAACGAGAAAAGUCUUUCUUGUAAACAAAAAGAAAUAGUGUUAUGGCAUAGAAUCAUAGAAGCGUUUAAGUUUGGUUUUGCUACAAGAACGAACCUUGGCGAUGGAGAUGUUGAAAACGAGGCUUUUAGAGAAAAAUUAAACGAGUUUCUAUGCACUUUAACGUCCGAGGAGUUUGUAGAUGAAAUACGUUCUCAGAUUUCGGAUAGUCAAACUUUUGGAACAGACUACUACGGACCAACUUUUUUUGAUAGAGUAAAUUCGUCAGGAACUUCACACUUGUCUGUACUAGCUCCGAAUGGAGAUGCUGUAUCAGUGACCAGUACCAUCAAUUUUUUUUUCGGAUCUAAAGUUGUUGGAAGUCGGACUGGUAUAAUAUUUAACAACCAGAUGGACGAUUUCUCUACACCAAACGCUAUUGUUCCUGAAUCACCAGCAAAUUUUAUUAAACCUGGGAAACGCCCACUUUCCUCAAUGUCUCCUAGUAUCAUAGUUGGUCCUGACGGCUUGGUAAAUCUAAUCGUUGGAGCCUCGGGUGGUACAAAGAUAAUUACAUCCUCAGUACUGGUUACAGUUUUAACACAAUGGUUAGGUUUUAGUAUUAAGGAAGCUAUUGACCACAGAAGAUUACACCAUCGCUUACUUCCGCCUAUUGUUGAUGUAGAACGAGGAUUUCCAAAAUUCAUUCUGGAUGGAUUAGCUCUACGUGGACAUAAUAUAACAGUACAAGACAGUGCAGGGUCUGUUGUACAAGGUGUUCUUCAACGACGAGAAGGUUGUGUUACUGCUAACUCGGACUUCCGCAAGGAGGGAUUGCCCGAUGGAUUCUAA